GGUACCCUGCAAUUAACAAACCAGCAGGAGUUGUUCAUUGGCUCAAACAUAGUAAAGAUGCACAAAACGUUGAUUGGGUUGUUAUACUGGAUGCUGAUAUGAUUAUCAGAGGCCCAAUUUUACCAUGGGAGAUUGGUGCAGAGAAAGGCAGACCCGUUGCUGCAUAUUACGGGUACCUGGUGGGAUGCGAUAACAUACUUGCCAAAUUGCACACUAAAAAUCCUGAACUAUGCGAUAAAGUCGGUGGGCUUUUAGCCAUGCAUAUAGACGAUCUUCGGGCCUUAGCACCAAUGUGGCUUUCUAAAACAGAGGAAGUAAGAGAAGACAAAGCCCAUUGGGCCACAAAUAUAACCGGUGAUAUUUAUGGCAAGGGAUGGAUCAGUGAGAUGUAUGGAUACUCAUUCGGUGCAGCAGAGGUGGGACUUCGACACAAAAUUAACGAUAACCUAAUGAUCUACCCAGGAUAUAUUCCACGAGAGGGUGUUGAACCUAUUCUUAUGCAUUACGGGUUACCGUUUUCUGUUGUAAUUCUGUUAACUAGAAGGGCAAUUCGGCCAUAUAAAAUGACCGAAUUGGCCUUCUCGUUAACAGAAAAAAUGGAUUAAAUUAACCCAGUGGACUGAAAUGGCAACGGUGAAACCUUUUUGGACCCACAGGACGGGGUUUGGGAUACAAUCAAGUGGAGUUUAACCUUUGUUAGAGACUUAAUGGACGUAUGUUUAUAUUCGUACUUCUCAAUGACGGAUGAUCUACGGAAACAAGACCCUCCAGGGGGUAGAAUCGAAAUUAGGGUGGUUUGUGUUCCUAUAGCGCUCGUUGUUGGGUUGCUAGGGUUUGCGGUUGACUUUCCAGUGAUCACAGUUAUUGCAGUCCUUAAAGGCCCGUAUAUGUUGCUAAAAGGGUGGCACCGCUUGUUUCAUGAUUGUAUAGGCCGAGAAGGCCCGUUUUUGGAAAGUAUCUGUGUGCCAUUUGCAGGUCUUGCAAUCUUAUUGUGGCCUUUUGCUGUUGCUGGAGCUGUGUUGGCGUCCAUGUUGGCUGGAAUCUUUCUUGGUUUUUAUGCAGCUGUUGUUGCAUAUCAGGAGUCAUCUUUCUAUCUGGGGAUUUGCUAUAUUGUAGCUACAUUGUCGAUCUAUGAUGAAUACAGCAACGAUAUUCUCGACAUGCCUGAAGGAUCUUGCUUUCCAAGACCUAGGUACCGAAAGAAUGCGGGCUUGCAAUCCGGUUCAACAACACCUUCAGUCUCAAGACCAGUUUCCUUCAAAAACCCACCAUCUCGGUCUAGUUCUUUCACCAACCCCAUGAUCGAGUUGAAACCCUUGGUGUUGCUCGAUAGCUUAUUUCAAGAAUGUCGUCGACAAGGUGAAUUUAUGGUUUUAGAUGGAGUAAUAACCGUUAAAGAGAUUGAUGAUGCAAAAUCCGGGAAAGCUAGCGGAAGAGUGAUUAGUAUCGGUCUCCCAGCUUAUUGUCUUUUUCAGACGCUUUUACGGUCUGCAAAAGCCAACAGUACCGGCAUUUUACUAGAGGAUAAUGUGACGGAGAUAAAUACUGCAAACAGGCCAAAAGAUGGGUUCUAUGACUGGUUCUUGAAUCCACUUUUAGUCAUGAAAGACCAGAUUAAAGCUCAGAAUCUUACUGAUUCAGAAGCGGAAUACUUGGGGAAACUAGUGAUGUUGAGUGGUGAUGCUGAGAAGCUGAAAAACUCGAAUAUUGGCCCACCGCCGGAAUCAGAGCUUAGACGGGCUGAGCUUGAUGCAUUGGCCCGAAGACUUCAAGGGAUCACAAAGUCAAUAUCAAGGUACCCGACAUACAGAAGGCGUUUUGAGAAUAGCAUAAAGGCGAUAUCAGAAGAACUUGACCGGAGGGAUACUAAUAGACGUGGGUCAGUAUCAGGAUCGGGGUCGGAGAGUACAUUUGGCCGAAGGUUUAGCAACCAGAGAUCUUUUAAAACUAAAACGAGUAACCAAGAAGAUGAUCAAGAGGUUGAAAGAGAUAUUGAUGUAGUAUAAUUGGAUUUUCCUUGUAUUUAAUCUUGAUAGUCUAUCAAUAGAGAUGUUGAUGUAGUAUAAUUGGAUUUUACUUGUAUUUAAUCUUGAUGUAGUUAAUCAGAUUUCUAACAACAGCAGAAUGCUAGUGGAUAUAGUAUUGCAGGAAACGGUAGCGUGUUCUUUUAUUUGGAUCUUCAACAUAGCGAAAGUUAAAUAGUUAGACUGGAA